AGCCACCUUUUCCUUUAUUAUUUUUCUCACUGGCCUCUCAGUUAAAGUAGAGAGAGAGAGAGAGAGAGAGAGAGAGACAGAGAGAGAGGGAAUUCUGCUGUUUUCCAUGGUUAAAGCAGGUCUUGGAUUUUCAUGUGAUAUAGAGAGAACAAACUAGGACAUGCUAAGUUGUGGAAAGUUCUAUAAAAAGAGAAUUCAAAUUGAAGAAGAUAUCUGGUUUCUUCAUCAAGAGAGAUAGCAUCUAUCACUGAUCAUACGUAAGUCACCACGAAUAAGAUCAGCAAGAUGAACUCUGUAAGUAGUUCUGAUCUCAUAGAUGCAAAGCUUGAAGAGCAUCAGUUGUGUGGAUCCAAGCAGUGCCCUGGUUGCGGACACAAGUUUGAAGGGAAACCGGACUGGCUAGGUCUUCCUGCUGGAGUGAAGUUUGAUCCAACGGACCAAGAACUAAUAGAACAUCUUGAAGCCAAAGUGGAAGCAAAGAACAUGAAAUCACACCCUUUGAUAGAUGAGUUCAUUCCUACUAUUGAAGGAGAAGAUGGGAUUUGUUAUACCCAUCCUGAGAAACUUCCAGGAGUAACAAGAGAUGGCUUGAGCAGACACUUUUUCCAUAGACCUUCAAAGGCUUAUACAACCGGGACAAGAAAGAGAAGAAAGAUUCAAAACGAAUGUGACUUACAAGGUGGAGAAACUCGAUGGCACAAGACAGGUAAGACUAGGCCAGUGAUGGUUAAUGGAAAACAAAAGGGUUGCAAGAAAAUUCUAGUUCUCUAUACCAACUUUGGGAAGAACAGAAAACCUGAGAAAACCAACUGGGUGAUGCACCAAUAUCAUUUGGGACAACAUGAAGAAGAGAAAGAAGGAGAGCUUGUAGUAUCAAAGAUAUUCUAUCAGACACAGCCAAGGCAAUGCAAUUGGUCAGAUAGAAGUGCAACAACUGGUGAAGGAAGUGGUGAACCUAGUAGUAAUAAUAAUAACAACAACAAUAGCAGAAGGGACAGUGGAAGUGGGAGUUGUUCUUCAAAGGAAAUAGUUACUCACAGAGAUGAAAUGUCUGCUGUUGUUGGUGUACCUCCAAUAACAAGCUUCACUCAUGCUUUGGAUAUUCAACAGCUGAAAUCUGACCAUUUUAGCUUCAUACCAUUCAGGAAAAGCUUUGAUGAGGUUGGAAUAGGAGAGGCUUCCACAGCAAGAGAAGUGGUGCAAGCAUCAGGCUCAUGUGAAGAAAUACAUGAACGGCAUCAUCCAACACAACAUGUGGCUUCUCAUCAUCAACAACAACAGCAGCAUCACCAUGCUCACCAUCAGAUUGCAACAUCAGCCUUUCAUAUUAGUAGGCCUUCACAUCCCAUCUCUACCAUUAUAUCUCCACCACCCCUCCACCACACAUCUGUCAUCCUUGACGACAACUCUUACCAUGUCUCAAGAAUUAUGCUCCAAAAUGAAAAUUUCCAGCAACAACAUCAUAAACUAGGUGGAAGGUCUGCGUCUGGUUUAGAGGAACUCAUCAUGGGGUGCACUUCAACUGAUAUCAAAGAGGAGUCAUCCAUCACAAACCCACAAGAAGCUGAAUGGUUGAAGUACUCUUCUUAUUGGCCAGACCCUGACAACCCGGAUCAUCAUGGGUAAUGGGUAAGAGGAGAGAGAACUCCAAAAAAAAAAAGAGAGAGAGAGUGAACAAUAGAGAAUAAACAAAACCAUAUAGACAACAUCAUUGUCAUCAUCAUUAAUGCUUGAAGCCUCCCUCAAGUUUCCUUUCAAAAAAAAAAGAAGCCAAGAAAUCAUCCAUAGUUUGUUCUUUUUCUUUCUUUUCCAAUGGAGGCCUGUUUACAAAACUUUGGUGGCUCUCACACUGGAACUAACAGUGUGCAAUGGGACAAGCUGGAAAGAAAGAUAUAGAAACAACAAAGGGUAUAAAAGAAUGUAAAGAAACCCCAAGAAAAGGCUGCUAUCACUUCUGACACAGAGAGAGGGAGAACCAAAGACCCAAAGUAAAUUAAUAUUGUGUAUCCUGCUGCAUGAAAAUCAUCAGUAUUUUGAUUUCAACACCAUCCCCUCGUAUUAUUUUUAUUAUUUUAUUAUUUUAAAAUGUUUGUAUAAUUUCACUUUUAAUUUCUUGUUUUUUUAUACCAGAAAUAUACCAAUGAGUUUGUGCUUAUUGCAAACCACCUUGUUACUUGUGCUGGUUA